UAUGUGUUGUCCUGCAGGGCUGACGGCUGCAGCGAUGGCCGAGGCUUUGAAGCUGCAGAAGAUGAAGCUGAUGGCCAUGAACAACCUGCACGGAGCCGGCAGCCAGAACGGUACCGAGUCAGAGAACGACGAGCUCAACUCCAACACAGGCGGAAGCGAGUCCUCCUGGGACAAAGAGAAAGCUCCAGUCCUCCCCAUCUCUGGUGCUGCCCACAGCCUGGGUCACGCAGGCCUGUCAGGGCAGCACGGCCUGUCCAGCUCCAACUCACUCCCUGCAGCAGAACCACACUACUGGCCAACCGAGUGUGUCCAGGACAGCCCUUCUCCAGCCCCCUCCAUGGAGGAAGGUCCUCGCCCGGGCUCCCAGCCCUCCUCACACCCCAGCAGCAGUGCCUCCAGCUCCCCCGCCCCACACCAACACACCCCUGACCGCCUGG